GGGGGGAGUGGUGGCGUGUGGGUCUUUUGCUCUCGUUAUUCAACAUGAAAGUCGCGGUGCUACUUUUUGUUGUUGGCUUCUGCUACACGGUGGACAGAAGUGAAAGCAAGCCGAGCCCGUCUUGCGGGUUUCCUCCGUCGCAGUGGUGCCGGACUCUGGAAAUUGCUGCCGAGUGUGGGGUUUACAAGCAAUGUCUAGAGUUGAAUUCCACCAGGGCAAAUGUGGCUGAUCCCCCUGUGGAGGUGGGCCUGUACUAUGAGAGCCUCUGCCCUGGCUGCAGGAGUUUCCUGGUACUACAGCUCUAUCCAACGUGGCUUAUGCUUCAUGACAUCAUGACUGUCAAGCUGGUGCCGUAUGGUAAUGCACAGGAGACUAACAAUAAGGAGCCUUAUACAUUUUCCUGUCAACAUGGAGAGCAAGAGUGUUUGGGCAACAUGAUGGAGACCUGUGUGAUGAAUAUAACAGGUGGUGAAGGAUUUCCGAUAAUCUACUGUAUGGAGUCCUCGACUGAUGUCAUUGCUGCUGGCGAGCCUUGUUUGAAGCUCUACGCCCCCACAGUCACUUGGGAGUCUGUUAUGUCCUGUGUGAAGGGAGAUGUCGGGAACAAGCUGAUGCAUAAUAAUGCACAAGAGACAAAUGCCCUCAAACCACCCCACCAGUAUGUGCCGUGGGUCACUAUUAAUGGGAAACACACGGAGGAUUUGCAGGACAAGGCAAUGUCGUCCCUCUUUAACUUGGUCUGCAGCUUAUAUAAGGGUGAAAAGCCUGCAGCCUGCACUGGAGCAUUCAAGAAACUUGACCAAAGUUACUGUUGAAACAAGACCUCAGCCGUUUAGACCUGUAAAUGUGCCUCUAUUAUUGAUGUCACAUUAGGGAAUUCAGUUGAUCAUGGUCAAUACUACCAAUAUUGCUUACAAUGUUAACUCUAGAAAUUGCAUGUAUAGUACUUUUUUCCUCCUUUUGGAAAAUAUGAAAAUUUAUUUUAAUGCAUAAGAGUGCUGCUGUACUGAGAGAUUUUAUUUCAAUCAAAUGUGAAUCCUUGAGCAUUUAAAAAAAAAAAAAAAAAAAGAUCCACUCUGGAAGAAUAUACUGCAGCAUCAUUUUGAAUGGCACAUGUAAGAGAAGAAUAUAAGGAGGAAGUAAUGUUACAUGCUGGAGAUUUUUAAAUCUUGCACUGCUGCCUUGAUUUCUGACCUUGUUACUGUUUUAUAUGCAAUCUGUCUGACAUCUGAUUGUUCAGAGUCCUUUAAUGGUUUUAGGAGAAAACAUGGGGAAACAAUGUUUUACAGUUUUGGAAUGUGAACUAAAACUUUUUUUGUUACUUGAAUGAGUUUGUUGCAGAAAUUAGAAUUGACUUUAUGUAAUAAGGUAUCUUCAUUCAUUGCCUGGUCUGCUUAUUCACUUGGAGCUUUUACUAAAUGCAUAGCUAUUUCAA